UCACAAGGAAGUGGUUUGGUGGUUUAUGCUGUUUUGGAACCAGUGUUAGAGACUUUAAAAAGAGUGCAACAUCUGUGGUUUUGUAAACUUUUUAAAACUGCAGAGAAUCCUCAAAGCCUAGCACAUUGAUUCAGACUGACAUCCAGCAGUUCAGACAGCACCAUCUAUCUCCAAGAUUACCGUGGCUCUAUAGGAAACAUAAUGGAUGUAGGUGAAGUGAUGUACAUGUUGGUGGAGGUGCUCAUUGCCAUUAGCUGCUGUGUGGGUAACAUGCUGGUGAUUUUGUCACUGUGGAUCAGUAAGAGUAUCCAACAGCCCACCUACUGCCUUAUUGUCUCUCUGGCUGUGGCUGACUUCUUGGUUGGAUGCGUGGCCAUACCACUGGCUGUGGUCGUGGACGGACAAGUGGACACAUCAUUCAGCGCUUGUCUCUUCAUCAGCUGUGUGGUCAUCCUGCUCACUCUGGUCUCAGUUUUGACUCUCACAGCUAUUGCAGUGGACCGAUUCCUGCGGGUGUAUAUCCCACUCAGGUACAAAAGGACUGUAACUCAAAGGCUUUCCUGGUUUGUGGUAGCAGCAUGUUGGCUCAUAGCGUUACCACUCAGUUUUACACCCAUGUUUGGAUGGUACAACCAUGAAAACUUACCUAAGGGAGACAACUCCACCAUUGUCUGCAAGUUCAUAACUGUGAUCCCCAUGUCCUACCUGGUCUACUUCAGUUUCUUCCUCUGUAACUUCACACCUCUGUCAGUGAUGGCUGCUUUGUACUGCUUCAUCUUUUGUACCAUUCGAGGAAACCUACGAGAGAAACCCGGCAACAGCACCCAAAAACAGUCUCAGAAGUACCUGAGGAAGGAAAAGCAACUGGCAGCAUCUCUGUUUCUGGUCUUGGUCCUGUUUGCUCUGUCCUGGCUCCCCCUCCACAUGAUGAACUGCAUUGUGUACUUUGGUUGGUCGAGUUAUGUACCACACUCAGCUUUCUAUGUUGGCAUCCUGCUUUCACAUGCGAACUCGGCUGUAAACCCAGUUGUAUAUGCGUUCAAAAUAGACAAAAUCAGAAGAGCCUACUUGGAUCUUUGGAGACAGUAUAUGUCACAAGAACAAAAAGAAUUGCAGAGCAGCCAGACAACAGACAACAAUCUACUCAGCAAUACCAACAGUGUACCGAAAAAUGACUGAGGGUACAUCUGCGUGCUCUUAAGUGUUCUGCAUUCAUGACUGUGCAGGAAGAUUUGUUGUUUUUACCAGGCUCAUCACUCAGUUUUUAUCAGAUAGAGAGAUUCCAUGCUGUUUUAAUGAGUCAUUAGCUGAUUAGAUUUAGUGGUUUUGUUGUAAGAUGCAUUUUAUUUUUAUACAUUGCUUUAGCCAUUUCUUAGGUCAUAAAUACAAUGACAAUGUGCCUGCUUUUUGUGCAAUAAACAUACACUUUGCAUUUACUUUCUGUCAGUCAUUAGAACAUUUGUGUACAAUAUUCUUGUCACUGUCUAUUUGAACUGAGCUGGUAUAUGCACUGUAUGUAGUGGAUGCACAAUAAAAUCAGUGUUCUC